GUGUCUGAAAAUAUGUGUAUUAAACAGUUUGGACUUUGGAGUGUGGCGUUGCAGAAUCUCGCAGUUGGUUUAUCUUUUCACUCACUCUGUUGGCUAAACCGCUUUUCUAGGGUUCAUUUAUCUUUCGCCUCCCCCUCUUUUCUUUUUUCAAUCCCCUCCUUCUUUCAGGUAGAAUGCAACGGGCAGUUCGAGCUUUUUCGGUGCACGGAAAUACUUUGAAAAAUGCGAUCUUGCAUCGCAUUCGGGUGGUCAAUCCGGUUAUGCGACCCGUUAUGUUUUCCAGAUCACUUACAUCUGCUAGUAUGGAAGAACAUGGCUUCGAGAGCACCACUAUUUCAGACGUUUUGAAAGCCAAAGGCAAAGGUGCAGAUGGAUCCUGGCUUUGGUGCACUACGGAUGACUCUGUGUACGAUGCUGUGAAAUCGAUGACUCAACACAAUGUUGGUGCUCUGGUGGUUGUUAAACCUGGAGAGCAGAAAUCAAUUGCGGGUAUCAUCACAGAGAGAGAUUAUCUUAGGAAGAUAAUAGUACAUGGAAGAUCAUCCAAGUCAACUAAAGUUGGGGACAUCAUGACUGAAGAGAACAAGCUCAUCACGGUCACACCUGAGACCAAAGUUCUGCAAGCAAUGCAAUUGAUGACAGAAAACCGAAUCAGACACAUUCCAGUGAUCAAUGAGAAGGAAAUGGUAGGCAUGGUUUCCAUUGGAGAUGUGGUUCGUGCUGUGGUGAGUGAGCACCGUGCAGAGCUGGACCGCUUGAAUGCUUACAUACAGGGAGGUUACUAGAUGAUGAUGAUGAUGAUGAUGGAAUAUUGUGUAUGUUUCACUUGUUGGACUUAAGCAAGCAAGCAAGGGGAGAGCUUGCAAAUAUGCUAUGUUUUCGUGGUUUUUCUGUGAAUAUGCAAGUGAUGUUGGAAUAAUUACCAUGUGGACUAAGUGUUUGACAAUAAUCGUUCUCAUGUUGCUUCCUUCCUAUUUGACUAGGAAAGUGGCAAAGGCAACCUUGAUCAGUUUGAUUUCUGUUUUUCUAA